AUGUCUUCAAACACGGGAAUAUCACCCCACGCAACAUCAUUCACCCACUCGUACGCCACAGCAACCGCCCUCGCCGCCUCGGGCUCCCCCACCGAUCUCUCCGCCAGUGCAAAAGCAAUGAGCACACACUACCUCCCCUCCCUCACAUCCUUCACCCUAGGCACCACGACCACAAUCGCCUCUUGCACAGAAGCAACCACCGGCACCCUCUCCCACCUCCAAAAACUCGUUCUCGCUGGCGUAGGCACAGAUAUCCGCAUGAUACGCCUCGCCGUGAAAGAAAUCUCAGAGUGCGCGGCUGCCGUGUUUGUGACUUGGGAACUCGUGGUUGAUGGGUUGAGUCAGGUGGAGGCGGAGAAAUUGGGCAAGAAGGCGAGGGGUUGGAGGUGGAGGAAUUGUUAUGGGUAUAGGAGGAUGACUAGGAAAGGGGAGGAUGGGGAAGAGGAGGAGGUGGUGGUCAAGGAGGGGUUUGAGUAUAUCGUUUCUGAUGACGAGGUUGGCGAGUUGAUCAAAAGGGUACCCAAGUAUUUUGAACUGUAG